AUGUACAACAUUACAAUCAAUCAAUCAAUCAUACAACACCACCAUCGUCAACAUCACUCUUGAUUUGACUUGAAUCAAUGUCUCUUGCGAUUCUCACUCUACUUGAAACUCUACAGUAGAAUCUGAAAUGUUUGCUUCUGCAGUAAUAUCCACAACUUGAAUUCGGUACCAUUGGAAGUUUGAACCCCGUGUCGAGACGAAAGGUGGCCGAACUUCUUCUGUCCCCGCAAAUAUCUAGAUUGUAAUAACUUUACAACAACUACAAUUCCCGAACAAUCAUGUCUCAAGCUCCAGUAUCGUCUGCCAAUGGCGGUAGCACACCUCAGUUCGCGUCAAACGGUGAACGAGUAGAUUCGGGAGGCUUCAAACUAAAAUUCUGCACUGUUUGUGCCAGCAACAAUAAUAGAUCCAUGGAAUCACACCUACGUCUCGCUGCUGCUCACUACCCUGUAAUAUCAUUUGGAACAGGUUCUUUAGUUAGAUUACCAGGACCCUCCAUAACACAGCCUAAUGUCUACCAAUUCAACAAGACUUCAUAUGAUAGCAUGUAUAAAGAACUCGAAUCUAAAGAUCCGCGUCUCUAUCGCGCGAAUGGUAUCUUGAAUAUGCUUGGCCGGAAUAGAUCAGUAAAAUGGGGCCCAGAGAGAUGGCAAGAUUGGCAAGUCGGUGUUCCAAGACUACAACAUAAUACAGAUCAAGGUGCCGAAGGAGUAGAAGGAGGUGUCGUUGACGUUGUUAUUACGUGUGAAGAAAGAUGCUGGGAUGCUGUCGUGGAUGACCUCCUCAAUCGUGGCUCCCCAUUAAAUCGUCCCGUGCAUGUCAUCAAUGUUGAUAUCAAAGAUAAUCAUGAAGAGGCUCUAGUCGGCGGCCGGGGAAUUCUUGACCUUGCCGAUUCCCUCAAUAAAGCUGCUGCCGAGGAAAGGGAACUCAAUCCUACCGGCUUUGACAGCGGCAGUGCCCAUAGCAGGGCCGGGUUUGAUGAAAGAGUGCCGGAAAUUAUCGGAGAGUGGCAGGAAAGAUGGCCAAAUCUACCAGCAGUGUGGACAUUAGCAUGGUUUUGAACACAUGCAUUACGAUUUUCUUAUAGUGGCGUUGAGAUUACGAGGGUAUACCCAUUUCUUGUGGCGUUCAGGGCGGGGAUAUGAUAUGAAUGAGCGUCUUCUUAGAAAGAAAGAUGGAGGAAUAAAAUACUUGAUAUCACUCGCAAUCGCAUAAUGCAUUGUUCAGAUUCGUACCUAGCAUGAUCUACUCACACACUAAAUGACCGGUGACCCAGAACCCGUUGAAAUUAAUAAGUAGAACAUGGCUGUGCUUGAACGGUUCUUAAAGGGAAAUAAAGAGACAGGCCAAGGAAAUUGAUAUGCUGGGAUUAGAUUGAUGAGUAUGGGGGCCGAUGAUUGAAAACGUCGAAAGGGCUAACGAAGUUCUCAAAGUUCUACUCCGGCCAUGGAUAGUCUAGAACUUGUGGAAGAAGGGAUAAAUCUAGAAGCAGAAAAGGACUCUAUUCUAUAAGAUUGGAAGUCGGAUUAAUCGAAGUCGAAUCACCGGGUUGAUUAGGUAUGCAACUAUAGCGACAUUUUCGUAGAGAUCCUUCUUGACAUGAGUCGAA